GGAUAAACCACGUACACGCGAGAGAAGACCAGGAAAAAUCUAUGGCAUAGAAUCCAGCAAGUAGGGCAUAUAUAGACGCUUUGUAUGAAACGGUGAGGGUGUGUUUCAAAAUCGAAAAUCUAGAGCAAAGUGAUUGAUUCCAGUUCCAAUGGCCUUGGGCACCAGCGCCUUGAUCGGAAGGAAUGUUCUUGUCUCACCCCCAACCCCCAAAACAACCAAAUCAUCUACUCCGCUACAAUUCCUUUUCAAGAGAAGCAUCUUAAAUGCUCACAAUUCACAAGCUGCUCUAGCUGCCCUUAUCUUUUCCUCCGCGAGCCUCUCUGUGACCCCACAAGCCCUUGCCGCUGAUAACGUCACCCCUCCCCCUGUAAUUGAAGCCCAACAGAGCCAAUUAAACCCCUCCAACUCAUCCUCCCCUUUCUCACAGAACCUCCUCCUCACAGCUCCAAAGCCACAAGCCUCCUCCGACCUCCCCGAAGGCACCAACUGGCGCUACAGCGAGUUCUUGAACGCCGUCAAGAAGGGUAAAGUCGAGCGAGUCAGGUUCAGCAAAGACGGUUCCGCCCUCCAGCUAACCGCCAUUGACGGCCGUCGCGCCUCCGUUAUUGUCCCCAAUGACCCGGACCUCAUCGACAUCCUCGCCAUGAACGGCGUCGACAUUUCCGUCGCCGAGGGCGAAUCCCCCAACAGCUUGUUCAACAUCAUAGGCAACUUGCUCUUCCCCUUACUCGCAUUCGCGGGCCUGUUCUUCCUCUUCCGCAGAGCCCAAGGCGGGCCCGGCGGGCCUGGCGGGCUGGGAGGGCCCAUGGACUUCGGGCGGAACAAGUCCAAGUUCCAGGAAGUCCCCGAGACCGGCGUGAGCUUCGCUGACGUGGCAGGCGCGGACCAAGCGAAGCUUGAAUUACAAGAGGUUGUUGAUUUCUUGAAGAAUCCCGAUAAGUACACCGCGCUGGGCGCGAAGAUUCCGAAAGGGUGUCUUUUGGUGGGCCCACCGGGAACCGGAAAGACCCUUCUGGCGAGGGCUGUGGCGGGGGAAGCUGGGGUGCCGUUUUUCUCGUGCGCGGCUUCGGAGUUCGUUGAACUUUUUGUGGGAGUUGGUGCGUCGAGGGUGAGAGAUUUGUUUGAGAAGGCGAAGGGGAAGGCGCCGUGCAUUGUUUUCAUUGAUGAGAUUGACGCCGUUGGGAGGCAGAGAGGGGCGGGGCUCGGAGGUGGGAAUGACGAGAGGGAACAGACUAUUAACCAGCUUCUGACGGAGAUGGAUGGCUUUUCUGGCAAUUCUGGUGUUAUUGUUUUGGCUGCCACUAACAGACCGGAUGUUCUUGAUUCGGCGUUGUUGAGGCCUGGCCGGUUCGACAGGCAAGUUACUGUGGAUAGACCUGAUGUUGCCGGCAGAGUUAAAAUUCUUCAGGUGCAUUCUAGAGGAAAAGCACUUGCAAAGGAUGUUGACUUUGAAAAAAUUGCAAGGAGAACCCCUGGAUUCACUGGGGCUGAUCUGCAGAAUCUGAUGAAUGAAGCGGCUAUUCUUGCAGCCAGGCGUGACCUCAAGGAAAUAAGUAAAGAUGAGAUAUCUGAUGCGCUUGAAAGGAUCAUAGCUGGACCUGAGAAGAAAAAUGCUGUUGUCUCAGAUGAGAAGAAGAAAUUAGUAGCCUAUCAUGAGGCUGGCCAUGCUCUAGUGGGUGCUUUAAUGCCAGAAUAUGACCCUGUAGCCAAGAUAUCAAUUAUUCCUCGUGGCCAAGCUGGUGGUCUCACAUUUUUUGCUCCCAGCGAAGAGAGGCUCGAGUCUGGAUUGUACAGUAGAAGUUACCUUGAAAAUCAGAUGGCUGUUGCCCUGGGUGGAAGGGUUGCCGAAGAGGUUAUUUUUGGCCAGGAAAAUGUCACCACCGGAGCAUCAAACGACUUCAUGCAAGUUUCACGAGUGGCAAGGCAGAUGGUUGAGAGAUUUGGAUUCAGCAAAAAAAUUGGACAAGUUGCCAUUGGUGGACCUGGUGGAAAUCCAUUCUUGGGUCAACAGAUGUCAUCGCAAAAGGAUUACUCCAUGGCAACUGCGGAUGUAGUGGAUGCGGAAGUGAGGGAACUGGUAGAGAGAGCAUAUUCUAGGGCAACACAUAUUAUCUCAACUCACAUUGAUAUCCUUCACAAGCUUGCUCAACUUCUCAUAGAAAAAGAAACUGUGGAUGGUGAAGAGUUCAUGAGUCUAUUCAUUGAUGGAAAAGCCGAAUUAUAUGUUGCAUAAUCAUACACGCAAGUCACAGAAUUAUGUUUGUACUAUAAAAUACGCUCUGACUUGUACACUGUAAGAAUCAAUAAUUAUUUUAUCAAAUUCAAGGAGAAAAAACAAUUAGCACAGCAGCUUACGCAAUAAAUAAAUAAAAAAUAUGGUUCUACGGCUGA